UCCUCAUUGAGGAAUGUCUAUCCGACGAGUUUUACCUCUUGCUUUGGGUUGCUGAAAAACCUCUGAUCAUACUUAUCAAAAUUUUCUUUGACUAUGGAUGCACUUCUAGAGCAAAUCAAGCAGGCCUCGUCCUCGCUGGAUAGAGCAGCGCGUCGAAAGGCAAUCGACUCGUUGCGCAAGGCUGCCGAUUCUCUGGAGGAUCCAGUCGAUACUGUCUUUCGUAUGGGACAUCUGGAGCUUGAAAAAGCAGCUGUUCAACUGGGUUACGAUUUGGACACGUUUUCCUACCUCGUCAAGGCCCAGGGUUCCAAGACUACCGAGGAGAUUGCUCAUCAUGGAAAGGCGGAAGAGCAACUCAUGAGACGUCUGCUCCGGUACUUUGCCUCGGCAAAUCUCGUGCAAGAAGUUGGCGUUGAUGAGUGGGAGGCGAAUCAAGUCACUCGCAAUCUGAGCAACGAACUCACUGAAGCUGCCAUCCUCCAUUACUACGGCAUUGUGUCCCAGCAGUCCCUGGACAUGCCCGAGUUCCUCAAGAACAACGGCUACAAGACACCGUCGGAUGAUUCAAACACCAUCUUCCACCACUCUUACAAGACCAAGCUGUCCCCGUUCGAGUGGAUGGCUCAGACCAAGAACAAGGAGCAGCUCGAGCUGUUCCACAAGUUCAUGGCUCUGCGCCGCCAAGCGAAUCUGACCUGGUUGACCGUCUAUCCGGUUCGACAAGAGAUCGGGCAGUCUGCAGACCUGAACCCAGAGAGGGCCUUGUAUGUCAACAUGGGCGGCAGCAUCGGCCACCAGUGUGCCCAGUUCAAGGAAAAAUACCCCGACAUCCCGGGUCGGGUCAUCCUCCAAGAUCUCCCCGAGGUCGUGGCCCAGGCCAUGAACACGCCUGGGGUCGAGAACAUGGGCCACGACUUUUUCAACCCGCAGCCCGUCAAAGGCGCCAAGUUCUACUUCAUGCGGGGUGUGUCGCACAAUCACCCCACGCACAAGGUCAGGCUCCUCUUCACCAACAUCCGCGAGGCCAUGGCUCCGGAUUCGGUCCUGCUUCUGGACGAGAUCGUCUUGCCUCCCAAGGACGUCGACCAUGUGUCCAGCGCCAUGGAUCUCAUCAUGAUGGGUGCAUUUGCUGCCGAGGAGAGGACUGAGAUUCAGUGGCGGGAGCUCGCUGCGAGCGCCGGUCUGAAAAUCACCAACGUCUAUCUCUACAAUCCCAUUGAAAACGAGGCUGUGAUGGAGCUGCGGCUUGCCGAAUCCGUAUAG